AUGCCCUCUUUCCCGCUCCACCUCACGCCAAAAGCUCUUCCUACCUCGACUACGGCACCCAGAAAACCUGAGAACCCGCUUCCUACCCUUCUUCGGACCCCAUCAGGUCUCGCCAUCCUCGAGAUACAAGGGACGAUUCACGCUCCAUUCCCCACAGCUGACUCCCCAUCUACCAACACCAGCACCUCGGAUAACGCAAUUCAAACACCAAUAGGCCGCCUCGAAUUUCCGUUGUACGACGCCAGCACAGAUACUGCGGCCGACACGAAAUGGACUAAGAAGGUCUACUUGUAUGUGGGACAGCAUCAGCGAUUGGUGGGGGAGGUGAAGAAGCUGGGGACGCCGUUGGGCGUGCUGAGGCGAAGAGAAACUCCGGGAGAUGCAGAGCGAGGAUGGCCGAAAGGGUCUGAAGACGAAGGUUUGGAGGUUGCGGAGGUCGUGCGGUGGAAAAUUGUCUUUGGAGGCAGAGCGGAGCCGGUCUGA